UAAAAUCAGUAGCUGUCAACAUGGUUGAAUGGACAGACUUUGAGCGCGCCACCAUCCAGGACAUCUUCUCCAGGAUAGACAAGGAUGUUGUUGGACCUGCUGCUCUCUCCAGGUGUCUGAUCGUCUACCCCUGGACUCAGAGGUACUUUGGCAGCUUUGGAAACCUCUACAACGCCGCCGCCAUCACCUCCAACCCAAAGGUCGCAGCACACGGAAAGGUUGUCCUGUCGGGUCUGGAGCUGGCCGUGAAGAACAUGGAUGACAUCAAGCAGACUUACGCAGAUCUGAGCGUGCUGCACUCCGAGAAACUGCAUGUGGACCCCGACAAUUUUAAGCUCCUGGCAGACUGCCUGACGAUUGUGGUCGCCGCUCAGAUGGGACCAGAUUUCACCUGCGACGUCCAGGCAGCUUUCCAGAAGUUCCUGGCCGUGGUGGUGUCUUCCCUCCGGAGGCAGUACCACUAAGGAGCAACCGAAUUUCUCUCCAAUUGACCAAUAAAAAAUACAAACUGAA